AUGGACGUUUAUGCUAAUUAUAUGAUUCAACAAAAUGGAAUAAGACAGGAACAACAACCAACUUUAGGCCAAAUGAAACAAGAAUUUGCUCCAUACUCGGGGUCAUCAUCACAAGCAACGGUAACUGGUAAAUUUGUGGCUAUGCCACUGCUUCAACAGACUGGCAAGGUGUUUGUUGGGCCGGGCCAGCACAGAGAAGCUCAACUAAUUGGGCUUGGUCUUAGAAAGUUGAGAACAUUUGAGAGGGAAGAUAUAGAACGCGCAAAACGAUAUGCUCUUGAUCAGUCUGUAAAAUUUGUUAUGCUAAAGCAAAGAGAAGCGCAUCAACAACAACAACAAAAAAUCUCCUUGUAUACUCAGGCACUUUCGAUUAUGUCUCGCAUUUACAUUGGGUCAAUCAAUUUUGAUAUAGGUGAGGAUCAUCUCCGCAUGAAUUUUUCUCCGUUUGGCCCAAUAAAGAUUGUGAACAUGUGUAGAGAUCCAGCAACUGGGAGUCACAAAGGUUUUGCUUUUGUCGAAUAUGAGGUGCCGGAGGCUGCCCAACUUGCGCAAGAGCAAAUGAAUGGAAAAAUGAUGGGAGGAAGAAGCAUUAAAGUUUCACCAGUUACGAGACCGACAAAUAUGCCUCAAGCGCAAUCCAUUAUUGGUUCUCGAUUUGUUAAAAUAAAUUCUGAAUAUUUUUUAGAUAUGAUCGUCAGUGAGGCUCGCAAAUUUAAUCGCGUAUAUGUGUCCUCCAUUCAUCCAGAGUUGCUAGAAGAGGAUUUGCGCAGUGUUUUUGAGGCAUUUGGUGAAAUUCAGAAAUGUAUGUUGGCUAAGGACGCAUCUGGACGACACAGGAGCUUCGGGUACAUCGAGUUCUCAACCCAACAAGCAGCAAAAGAAGCAGUAGAAGGAAUGAAUGGCUUCAAUUUUGGUGGUCAGUGCUUAAUCAUAUGUCGUGCUAUUACUCCACCUGAUGCACUUAGCUAUUUGAGUGCAACACCAAACCCAUCUGGCGUUCUACCUGCAGCAACAGCUAUGGCAAUGGCGGCAAGCAAUAACGGCAAAAAUACAGGCGACUGAGGUCGUUAGAAUUCCACUUCUAUGAAUGAGUUAAUGUUCAUUAGUAUUUUCUUUUAUGCAUAAAUAUUGUCAAUUGUAAAACUGAUUUUUUAAAGAUUUGUUAAAAGAUCUUUUUUCUAUAUAUCUAGACAUUGAAUAUCGAGAGAAAUUUAAAAAAUAAAUUCGAAAGAUUUUCUGAUUCCUUUUAAUAGGAAUCGGAAUAUAGAAUAGCUGAAUAAUAAAUAUAGAUUUCCUCUGAGGAUCUGAACCCAUCUGAAAUAUAUUGGUAAGUUUCACCAUUUAACCAGACUACGCUGGCUAAUUGUCUACUGUCCAACCGUCUGUUAAAUUCUCUUGAUGUCAUGUUGCU